AUGCUUCGCAGACAGAGGUCUGUUUCAUUCUCCGGUUCUCCGAUUGUUUUCGAUGCCUGCUUCGAUUACGACGAUGACGUGGAUGGCGAAAAGUUGGCGCCGUGCCAAGACGUUUGGUCAGAAGCAGAUGACGAAAGAGAAGAGCAGCAGGAGAUAAAAAUCGGAGGAACGGGUGAGUCAUAUCGAAUUUCAAUGUUGCCCAAACUAAAGAAAAAUAAACGGAAUGAAAGCUCCUGUGAAUGUGCAGUUCUCUUGCUGCACUAUGAAAAUUGAAAUAUGUUCUGAAACGUCGGAAAUUACAUGGCUGUAUUGUGAACCACCUCUUUUUCAUGAAAGAAUUUGGCAAACAUGAAAAAAAUAAAUCUGCGAUUGGAAUGUGUAAAUAACGACGUGACGACCUUUUUUCUCUAUUUCUUAUGACGUGGCUUUCUGUGAAAUGAAGCUUUGGAAGCUGCACUUCAGAAUCAGAAGUAUUUUCUAGUUUCAAGUGCGACCUUGGUGUAUAUCAUUCAAAAGCAAAUUUCUCGUUGACUACAAGUAUAACAGUAGUUUUUCUUGAAACGAAAUCUCCGGAGACUCCCGACGAUUUCACGUGGCAUCCAUCUCAAAUCGGACUAAUUCCAGGCGGAGUGCAGAAUAAUCUCUGAUUAGUUUUCCACAAAAACACUACGUUACUGAUGUGGAAACCUAUGAAUACAUCUAAAUUUCCGGAGUGAAUACUCAUCCAAAGGCAGAUGAUGUCGCUUCUGCUAUCUGCGUGUCCGCUUCACUCCACGCUGCCUUCUCAGUCGCCUUUUCAUGAUGCUCUUAAUUGUUGCGCCGGCAGUCGCCCCUUCAAAAUACGCGCGAUGAAUCGAUUCAAUGUCCAAAUAUGGCCACUGUAAAUAUCGGAAUUGUAUUGCCAUAUAAUAUUUGUUCUCUAUUGGCCGCGAGAAACAAAAAAGGCAUGUUAAUAAUAGAUACAAGAGAAUGCCAGUGAGUCCAAGAAGCUGUGUCUAUCGAUUUUCGAGUCUUCUGGUGUCACAAGACUAAGAGCCCAUUCCCAUUCUGAGUGGGCGCCGCAUAAGUAUUCCGAACUUUUACGACUUUAUCAUCACAUUCGAUUCCCACCACAUCAUGGGAUUCCUUCUUUCCUCUUCCUCCAGACCAUUCCUCUUUACUCUAUUUCUUGGCCCUUUUCAGGUGUCAUGGCAACUCUUCACAACAAAUUUGGAGCAAUUAUCCAAGAUGGAAUCGUCGAGGGCCAACGAUUGUUCCUCAGUUCCGAUCUGUGGAGGUUUCUGACAAAAAAGGAAGUCUAAACUUAAUUUGCAAUUUUCAGAUAUGCAUCCACUUCUACCCACUGCGAUCUGCUUAUAACUAUGCAAUUCUCGAAAGAUGACGUGGAAAAUAAGGCGUCUGUAAUGUGGCUGGUGCAGCAGAUGCGGGAGCACGAACCAAAUCUACGAAUCGAAGUUCGAUAUCACAGACUGAACAGUUGCUACGCAAUUUACCUGACUGCUGAUUACAAGAGGUAAUAGUUUUGAAUGACAAAUCCGAGGAGACCGAACGUCUGAUUAAUAAUAUUUUUAGCCUUUUGAAAGGAGCAGAACUGUGUCAUAUCAAGAAGGCAAUCAAAACGAAGUUCGGUGGUGGAAUGAGAGACUUUUCAUUCGAGGAAGCACAGUUUUUCGCCGGAGUCGAGGGGAAGAACACUUUUUUGUCGCCGAUGGAAAGAACGAUUAUUGUGAAGCAGAUGAUGGAUAUGAUGCGAGCAGGAAAGGGAGGAUUGUCUCUGAAGCUUCCCUCGCGGACUAUCACUUUAACCGAAGGGACUGCGAUCGUUCCAAGACUAAUAUCGAUGAAUGUGGUCCAACACGUGUCAGCCCUUCACAACACAGAAUUUCUGAAGCAUCUUCAGAAGAAAUGGGUGUUCUCUAUCGAUGAGCAACCGAUUGAUCAGGUCAAAGACUAUUUUGGAACUGAAAUCGCUAUGUACUUUGCGUGGUUGGGGCACAUGACAACAGCACUCUGGUUUCCGUCGCUACUGGGUAUCCUGAUGUGGUUUCUUGGAGGAUUCAAGUACAAGAACAAUCCGGGGGAUAAGCAAGACUUGUAUCAGGUGAGAACAUUCUCCGAAGCUUAAGCAUGUCGAUAGUUCAGCUAAUAUCCGACAUUUGUUUUGUGCUGUUUGCCUUUUUCAACUGCAUCUGGUCAACUAUUUAUCUGGAAUGGUGGAAGAGAGUUCAAGCUGAACUGGCAUUCAAAUGGGGCACUUACGAUUCCACUCAAGACUCGUACCUCCAGGAUCCGAGACCAGCUUUCCAGGGUGAUUAUCUGGCUCCCAAUCCUGUUUCUGGAAGAAUGGAGCCAUUCUAUCCGGCCUGGAAGCAUACGCUUGUCCGAUAUGGUAACUUUCCCACGCCGUUUCACAAUUUUCUUGAUUUUCUUUCAGUGAUUACAUACCCUAUCACAUUCCUAUGUGUGGUUGGAAUGUUUUUGACCAUGUUAGCUAUCUUCACAAUCCAAGACUUGGCGGAUUAGUGAGUUUUCAUUCGGCGCUUUCUUCGAGAGUAGUAUAGGUAUGAGGGAUUAUAAAUUUAUAAUACCAUUUUUGAUAUUUCUUCAUUUUCAACAUUAUUUCAUUCUCUGGUGUCAGAUAAUCACCCCAUUUACAACAUUUUCUUUCAAAUUUCUCUGAAAUUAGUGAAUUUUUGAAGCGCUCAAAAGCGCUUAUUCUCAAUAAUUUUUAUGCAUUUUCAAUCAAUUUUUUGUUGAGAUGUUGAAAUUUACAAUACCAACUUCUUUUUCUUUAAUUCGAUUAGGCAAAGUGUCUCUCAUGAAGAUGCCUCGGAAAUUCUUGAUUCCUAGCUUUUCUACAAGAUUGAGAAAGUCAAGAUUUGUAAGAGGUUUUUUGAAAAAAUAUAUAAUUUGUGCAUAAAUUUGAGAGUAUGAAAUGAAAUCAACAUCUCAACAAAAAAUUGAUUGAAAAUGCAUAAAAAUUAUUGAGAAUAAGCGCUUUUGAGCGCUUCAAAAAUUCACUCAUUUCAGAGAAAUUUGAAAAAAAAAUGCUGUAAAUGAGGUGAUUCUCUGACAUCAGAGAAUAUUCUCUCUCUCUAGAAUGAAAUAAUGUUGAAAAUGAAGAAAUAUCAAAAAUGGUAUUAUAAUCCCUCAUACCUAUACUACUUUCGAGUUUCUUUUAUUUUCCAGUUACUUCUCGGAUAUUGUCAUUCUUUCUUGGGUAUGUUAUCUUCCGAUGGUUAUCUAUGCUCUCAUGAUUGUGAUCAGUGACAAAAUCUACAGAAGGCUUGCUCUACUUCUCAACGACUUAGGUGCUAUUGCUUUUAAUCUUUUAAACAAAUAUUUCUACAGAAAACUAUCGAACUGAUGAUGAGUACGAAGAUUUUCUCAUCACCAAAAUUGUCCUUUUCCAAUUUGUCACUGCCUUCGGAUCUCUUUUCUACAUUGCUUUUGUGCUUCGAGAUAUGAAGCGUCUCCAAGAAGUAAACUGCAAAUUUCAAAAUCGAUUCCCAUUAGAUUCUUUUCUCUCAGACACUUGCUACCCUGCUUAUUACCCGUCAGGUUACUCAGAACAUUAUGGAAACUGUGGUUCCGUUUUUGCUUGAGAAACUGAAGUUGAGCAGUUUGACCUACAAAAUGACUAGAAGCAUGAGCGAUGGAACAUUGAGAAGACACGUGGAGAACGUGAGAAACAGAAGGCAGAACAGUGUGGAGAGUGAUCAGAGCCCGAACGGCUCCGGCUCCCUUUUCACAGUGGGAACUCCGCCGGGAGAUCAAGAAGUUAGACACCGAAAGAAAGAUGAACUGCCCCAGCCAACAGACAUGAACCAGCUCAGAACUCUCUCUUCCAUUUUUCGCGAAGACUUCUCCCUCAAAACGGAACGUCUUCCUCUGCCUGAAUUCAAGCCUUCUCAUGAUUCCAGUCCCGAACUGACACAGGCCGAAUUAGAGAGUGUUAUGUCUGUUUACGCGCGUCCGCUAGACGACUUCCUUGAGAUGUUCAUCCAGUUCGGCUACGUCCUUUUGUUCUCCCCGGCGUUUCCAUUGGCCGCAGUCUGCGCUCUUGUCAACAACCUCAUCGAAAUAAGAGUCGACGCGUUCAAACUGUGUAACACAGUCCAACGGCCUUUUGGUAGACGGGUAAAGGAUAUUGGCGCAUGGCAAAAAGCAAUGGAGGUAAGCGUUGUCAUUACGUGCACUAGAUCGUAAAGAAACGUUCCUCCAGCUUCUCGGAAUACUCGGAGUAAUUGUCAAUUGCGUUCUCAUCGGACAGUCAGGUCUCGUGCAGAGAAUAUGGCCAGACUUAUCCUGGGGUGGUCAGAUACUUAUUGUUGUUGUGCUCGAGCACGUCAUACUUGCGUCAAAGAUGAUCAUUGACAUACUGGUGCCGGAUGUGCCGCAUUGGGUUAGAAUUGAGACGGCCAAACAGGAGCAUUUCCGGAGAGAAGCUUUCAAAGUGAGCGCAUGUUAUUGCACAGCUAGAAAUUACGAAUUGAAUUGACUUUAGAGAGAAUCCCGACUGCUGUCACACACUCAAACGCCGCCAGAUCAAAAUCAGAACAAUCAAGCGGAAUCCACCACUCCAGAAGCAGCGGCCAGAUUCAAUCGUGUAGAUCAGAUUAAUCGUUCAAAGCGGAGAAGCAUCACUCCAAUGGUUCGACUUUCCAGUUUUACUCGGAAACCGCGGAACGAGGAGAACAACUGCAUCGACUGA